UCCCACCGAAACUCGUUAUUUAAAACUCUCUGUGUUCCAUCGAACCCUAAAAAUCAAAUCAAUUCAAAUUAUCUCUCAACUCCUUUUUUUUUUUAAAGAACUCGAUCUGAAUAAAAAUUAUGUGUGCUGCUAAACCUCCACCGUCUUCUCCGCCGCGUCAGAUCGUGAUCCGUUCAGUAUUUGCAGAGAAUGUGGAGGCCGAACUCAAGAUUAUUGGAUCUUUAGUUGAUACUUAUCCCAUUAUUUCCAUGGAUACGGAGUUUCCGGGCGUUGUGGUCCGAUCAGAAAAAGAUUUCCGCCACCAGGAUCCGACUGAAAACUACGUCAGCCUGAAAGCUAACGUUGAUUUGUUGAAGCUUAUCCAAAUUGGGCUCACUCUAUCUGACGAAGAAGGGAAUCUCCCGGAUCUGGGGUCGGGUUCGAUGUAUUAUAUAUGGGAGUUUAAUUUCAAGGACUUUGAUAUCACGUAUGAUGCACAUGCGCAUGAUUCGGUCGAGCUGUUAAAACGCCAGGGGAUUGAUUUUGAGAAAAAUCACAAACUCGGGAUCGACUCGGUACAAUUCGCUGAGAUGUUAAUGUCAUCAGGUUUGGUGUUAAACGACGCCGUUACGUGGGUGACAUUCCAUAGUGCGUAUGAUUUCGGGUACUUGGUAAAAUGUUUGAAGCAGCGAGUUUUGCCUGAGAACUUAAACGAAUUCUUGAAUGUAUUGAGUGUUUUCUUUAGGGGAAGCGUCUAUGAUGUGAAGCAUCUGAUGAGAUUUUGCUCGAAUUUGCAUGGCGGACUGGAUCGGGUUGGGAAGGCAUUGAAUUUGGAGCGGUUAAUUGGGAAGAGUCAUCAAGCUGGGUCGGAUAGUUUGUUUACUUUGCACGCUUUUUUGAAGAUCAGAGAGAAGUAUUUUGGAGGAGAUGAUGACAGGCUUGAAAAUCAUAGUAUAUCUAUCUGUGGUGAACAACCUACUGGGAUAUCUGAAAAUCUUCUUCAGCCUUUACGGAGGUGCCUCACCAACUUAUGGGGAAUCUGGAGCUUGAUAUCCGCAGUGUGGUAUUUUUUCCUCAGGGGAGCUUGAUGUUGGAGAAUAUGAAGUGGAAAGAGGAGCUAAGGAAAAGUAGACUUGGCUUCUGUCUGAAGUGUGGAAAAUGGAAUGGGCUCUCUACCUUGCUCAACUGACCCAUUGUUUAUUUGGAAGAAGAGAAAGGUAAAAAAAAAAGAUGUUGAAACCUUAGUGAAUAAUUUGCCUUGUCUUAUUCUUUUGUCACCAUAUUACACAAACUUUAUGCUUUUAUAACUUAACUAUUCCUUGAUCUAGAUUUAAAAGAGAAGAAGGAAAAAAAAAUAAAAUGGGGACAUCAAGAGUCAAAAGCUUCAUUUUUCUAUAUUCAGUCCUCAAGUCACUUGAGAAAACUUGUAACGGCCUACUUUUGCUUCCACUGUUCCAUACAUAUCUCUUGAACUCAAUGCUUUAAACCUUGACAGUUGACAGAAGGAAAAAAGUUCCGCAUGCUUCAAUUAGGGUUGAAUCAUCCAUUGGCUUGUCAUCUGUAAUAUGAAUUAAUUAAUAAAAAACUUAAUCUAAUAUAGACUCUAAAUUAUUUUAUCUCAAUAUCGAUUAUUUUAUUUAAAAAAAAAAAAAGAAAAAAGAUUAACUAAUCUGUGACAUUGAUAUGACACAGCUAGUAUUGCUGUCUUUAAAUUGUUGAAUGUGGCUAUCUUGAAAUGUUAAGUGUUAUUUCUUGUAUAAGCAUGUGUAGCUCCUGAAAUUUAAGUUAUUUAAAUAUUAUCUUUUUCAAACAUAAUUUUCAUCUGAAUACUGAUGAGAUGUAAAUUCUCAUUGAAAGAUGAAAGAGCAUGUGGUCGUGACCACUUGGUAGCGGGUUCAAGUGUGUUUCACCGGAGUGAUGUUGAGUGCCACACAUGUGGGGUUGAUUGGACCGUUACCUUGAUCAUUGUAGGGUUAAGCAGUUCAACCAGCUGGGGCAUCCCUUUUGUUAAACUAGCUGCAACUUAUUUAUUUACAAAGUAACUUUUUCUAAAUUUGCAACCAUCUCAUUUUAUUGGAUUAAUCAGGGAAAAAUCAGGCUUUAUCAUUUCACUUUGAGCUUUAUUUUUGGUUGUAAAUAUGUUGUUUAGGCUCUAUGCUGUGGGUCUGUGUUGCUGUAUUUUCUUAUCUGUGCAAUAGUUAGAUAAAGUUCUUUUGUUUGAUCUAGUUCAAGUCAGUAUCUUCUAGGUUUGAGUGGAAUGAUAAUCCUGAACAAUUUUUAGUGGGCAAUGCACAUUUGUUGUUAAGCAACGAAUAAAGGGUUAAAGCAGUUUGAGUCUUAUGUGCGCACUAAGAGUGAUAGUCAAUUUGAGUGUGACAAUGAAUAUCCACUUGAAGUAGGUCUGUUUCUGAAGUUGCAUUUACUGGUGGAUUCAUCUGAAUCAAACAGAUAAUUUUACAAUAUUUAAAUUGAUUGGUAUUUGCAGAAUAAUUGUUUCAGCAUCUCCUAAAUUGGACUAUCAAAACAUGUUAUAGAAUACAAUAAAACUGUGCACCCAGUUUUGAGUACCCAUGUAUAUCAUCAUGUGAUUAGAUGAUUUUGAAUUAAGGAUAAAGUGACAUUCAAUCAAACGGUGACACAUCAUUUAAAUAUGUAAUUGGGUUUUCAAAGCUGGGUGUACAUAAUAUUGCUCUUUAGAAUAUGGCUGUUGUGAACCACUUUUAGGUAUGCUCAUCGCUCAACCUGCUCUUAUAAUGAAGUUCUCUGAAAUUGCUCUAGACAUUAUCACUACUUGCAACUGAAAGAUGAAUAGUGAAUUUGCAGAAAUUUGCACGGCAUUGUCAUGUCCAUUUGUUCAUUUCCUCAACAAGACUCUGUAAUUGUGCUCUAGGUGGUCACCCUCCAUUCCACAUGCAGCAACAACUGCCACUGCUUCUAAUAAUGGAGUAACUGCAGUUUCCACUCAAGGUACGUCAACCACACCCACAAUUUUAGUUGCAAUUCUUCUCACAUGGAUCUAAUUUGUGAAUUAGUAUGAAAUAGGAUUUAUAUUCAUUCUGUCAGUACGCAAGCCACAACUAAGCAUUUGCUAGUCUCUUUCAUUGUGGUGCAACACAAUUUUAAUGUUUGGAGAAAGGCGAAUCUAAGAACAUGAAUGUAAGAUUUUAGACCCGUGGGUCCUGUCCAACUGUUGUUCCAUACUGAAAUGAUUUUCCAUACUCCAGAACUAAUGGACUUCAUUGAGCUUUAACUUGUCAAGAAGAGCAAGCUCUACCCAUGUCACAAAUCUCACAUUUUGUUGAGAUUUUUUAUUGAUCAAUAUCCAAAUUUCUGAUUACAGGUCCACCGAACAGUUGAUAUUAAUCUAAUGACAGUAUCAUACUAGUAACAUAAUUGUCAUUCCCGAGGUUUAGUUGGAAGAUAGUCAAUCCUUCGAAGUUUUGGACUCUAAACUGGUUUCACGGUUGUUAGCUUUUGCCAAACAUCUGCUUAACUUUAAUCAUCUUCGACUUCAGUCAGUGGCAGGCUCAAGAUUUAUAGUGGAAAGAGAGUCAAUCUCUGUAGAAUUAUAUUGUUUUGAUUUGUGAAUAACUUGUAUAGGUGUCAGUGUUAGCUUCCUCGUACUAGAGUGGUCGUCUUCCUCAUAAAUUUCAACUUCCGUUGAAUUGUGAAAUGGCCACCAUCUUUCCUGGAAAACAAUAAUUGCCAUAAAAAAGUUGUAGCAAAAUUCCGUGUGGGUUGACCAGAAGCCAUGCUUUGAGAAAGUGAAUAGGAGCAAAGUUUUG